AUGUAUAAAGGAGCUGAUGAGGAGAUUCCUGUCUCCAAAGUCUACAGGACGGUCCUCGAAGAGGCCCGUGAGGUGUCAGACCUGCAAGUACAGGCCGAGUCGUCGUGGGCCCUGUUCGAGGUAGAGAACGAAAUAAAGAAUCCGGAUUUCCAUGACCUUCAGGAGCUCCAGAAACUUCAAUUGGAUACCAUGGAAGAUUCGCUAGGCAACAAGGAGAAAAAGUGCUCCCAGGAACGAAUCCCUGUGAUGUUCCUCGAAACAUCUGCGGCAGCGAAGACAAGAUUCAACAUACCAAAUUUGAAGAAAAGCCAUCUUGAGAGUCGGCUCCAAUUAGUCCAACUUGAGGGCAACGAUACGCAUAUAUCGCAGACCAAAAAGGAAUUGGAAGACUACGCUGAUCCUCCCGAGAACAGAACGCCGCGAGCAACAAUCCCCCUGCAUUAG